UCUUGCUCCUGGUACAGAGCGGGACUGCGGAUGCCACCAAAAGCAGCGCUGUCGGAGUCAGGGAACUCUGCCGGUGCUGCUGGAGCUGGUAUAGUGGACGCAGGUGGGGCUGACGAGUUUGAUCUCAGUGAUGCUCUUGAUGAUGAUUCCAAUGUUCCAACAGACGAUGGAGAGGGUUUUGACCUUGCUGACGCUCUGAGUGAUGACCAUGUUGCAUCCAGGGAUGAUAAUGUUGAAUUUGAUCUUAACGAUGCUCUACAAGAUGACGCCACCCAAUCCCUAGACCCUGACGGAUUUGAUCUUGGGGCCGCGUUCAAUGACCAUUCUGUUAAGAAAACAGGUGGAGAUUUUGACGACUCAGACCUUCUACAUGUGGUGAAUGGUGACUAUAAACCUGAUAAGACCGGCUCGAAAGGUCAGGACCCUGCUGGCACGAGUGACCAGAUCAGCGACUUUCUGAUGACCCUACUAGGAGGCACAUCAGAGCAUUUUCAGAAGAUUUGCUUCAAGUUGAUGGAAAUGUUGAAAGAUCUGUAUAACACGCCACAGGAGCAGUGAGAAGAUAUUCAGGCAUUCACCCACCCCAACCUUCAAUCAACGCACCUGUUGGAAGGAACAAACUGUUCAUCGGAGACAGGAUACACAUGGCUGUGGUCCAACAUCAGAUUUCUUGGGUUCAGCUUCAGUUUUCCGAUAUGUUCACUGUAAUUCAGAUGUGAUUUUGGUUUGGUUUUUUUUUCAUCUGCGCUGGUUUUUGGACACCUGGCUUAUUUAUGAUGGGGUGUAAUUUUGUGUUUCUUGACGUCUAUUUAAAACGUCAACUCGUGGUUUAAUUGCCAGAACCUUUGCUUCGGUGCGCUACUGAAUUGAGAUUUCACUGGUACUGUCCUCUUGAGACAAGUGUAAAUAUCGAUGAGUUCUUGGAAAUCCUUCGUCAAUGUUAAAUUUGUAGCACAAGGAGUGUGAUACAUCUUGGUUGAACAUUAUUGGUUAUGCAUUGAUGAAAUGUUGAUGAAAUGUAAUUAACAUGUGGACCUGGUCAUAAGGUCAUAAGGGAUAGGAGUGGAAUUAGGCCAUUCAGCCCAUCAAGUCUACGCCUUUCAAUCAUGGC